AUGGAUAUUUCUAGCAUUGUUCAGGGCCUAUGCAGCACACUGCUACCGAGCGCAGCUGGUUGCUUGCUGCAGCUGAUGAACGAAGGUAGUAGAACCGGAUAUGAUACACUUAUGUCCCUCGACCUCCAGAACCUCGGCGUCUCUGACCCAUUCGCCAAUGACACCACCAAGGCAGGUGGUGUCGGCGGUAAUGCUUCAACGCAUCUCAUUCAUAUAAGGAAUCAGCAGCGCAAUGGCCGCAAGAGCGUAACGACAGUGCAGGGUCUGCCUAAGACCUUUGAUUUGAAGAAGAUGGUUCGUGCAUUAAAAAAAGAAUUUAGUUGCAACGGUACAGUUAUAGAAGACGCAGAGCACGGAAGUAUUAUUCAGCUGCAAGGAGAUCAACGCCAAGCAGUAAAGGAGUUUCUAGAAAGAGAAGGCAUCUGUGGGUCUGAGCAGCUUCGUAUCCACGGGGUGUAG